AUGAAGCGACUCGCGCUCCUCCUGCUGGCGUCGGCCGGCGCGACGCUCCACCGCGUCGACCCGCAGCAGACGAGCCACCAGUUCCUGGAGAACCUCGCCACGGCGCCGCGCCGCGACCACGUGCCCCACGGCCACACGGGCCACACGGGCCGGGCGCGCGCGGCGCGCGACGCGGCGGCGGCGCGGCACAUGGCGAAGAUCGAGGCCGUGUACAGCGCGAACGUGAGCGCCAAGAGCGUCUACGGCGAGCGCGCGGACCUCUACGAGCGCGGCCACGGCGGCGAGCAGAAGGCGAAGCGGCUCGAGAACCCCAAGGUGCGGGCGCAGUGCUCGCGCGUGCCCGUCACGGAGGACGCGCGCAAGCUGCGGGCCCAGAACCGGUCCGUCGUCGUCGCCGUGCAGGCCUUCACGCCGUCCAAGUCGAACCUCUGCGAGGGCAGCCGCGUCGACUGGCGAGAAGGCGUCGCGCAGUGCCUCGCGAAGCUCACGGGCCUCGACGUCUUCGUGCGCAACGACGACGGCACCUGCGCGGACUGCGCGCGCGUGCGGCGCGUGCCCUGCGGCGACGUGCUGUCCAAGCCCGCGGGCCUCUUCGUCGUCAUCGGCGGCGGCGACGACCGCCAGCUCCAGUUCCACUGCGUCGGAAGCUACUGCGGCUACCCGCACGCGCCCGUCGUCGCGACGACGGGCGCGCACCCGCCCCACGACUACGUCGGGGGCUGCGCCGUCGCCGCCUUCACGAAGGCGCGCGUGCCCUUUUUGCACGGGCCCCACAUCUCCGCGACGGCGGACCCGCCGACUAGGGUCGCGUGGUUCCCCAUCCUCAACCCGCACACGGAGGUCCGCGGCAUCUGGGAGCGGUCGCUCCUCUACGCGGGCCUGGGGGACGUGCCCGCGGACUACGCCGGGCCGCCCGUGCCGCCGCCCCUGCGGCUCGAGAGCGGCGACGACGUCGGCGUGCCCACGAAAAAGACGAUGAAGGACCACGAGCGGCGCCGCGGCAUGCGCGUCGACGCGGACGUCAAGUUCCAGCGGGACGUCGUCGAGGGCAGCUUCCUGCGGUCCGGCUUCACGCGCAUCGAGGUGCUGCGGGACGACGCGCUGCCGAAGCCGCUCCUGCUGCCGCCGCGCGAGCGCCUGCUCUUCGACGAGCUCGGAUCGCGCGAGGCGCUCCGGCGGCCGCGGGCGAAGAGGCUGCUCUACAUCGGGUCCUUCCGCGCGAACAAGGGCCAGCGGAGCUUCCUGAGCAAGCUCGACGCCGACAGCCUCGGGGACUACGACCUCGAGUUCUACGGGCUGCGCCAGGAGGGGCAGGAGGCGGAGUACGACGCCGUCGCGGCGCUCGUCGCCGACCCCAAGUUCCGCGGCAAGGUGACGAUCCACGACGCGCGCGUGUCCCACGAGGACAUGAUGCGCGCCAUGGCCACGGCGUCGGGCCUCGUGCACUACAGCAACCAGGACCGGAACCCGCGCGUGCUCUACGAGGCGCUCUACUUCGGACUCCCCGUGCUCGUCGCGACGCAGGCCAUGCCCUACGUGGGCCUGCAGUGCAAGCCCUUCGUGACGCUCACGGACGCGGACGGCGACGCGGCCGUGCUCAACGCGGACGUCGCGGCGUUCGUCGCGGCGCUGUCCGAGUCCGCGGGCCGCGCGGCGGCCAUCGGCGACCCGAGCGCGGAGCUGACGAGCCGCAACGACGAGCCCGUGCAGGUCGCGAUCCGCGUCUACGUGGAGCGGGAGCUGCUGACGAUGAAGGUCUACGAGCAGCUCUGCGCGCGGCUCGGCCUCUGCGACCCGGCGUGCUUCAAGCGCGCGCCGACGCCCUGGGCCAAGGGCAAGUGCGCGCGCCGCGAGCUCGUGCGCUUCGAGAACUGGGUCACGGGGCCCUGGGACGCGUCCAAGGCGCUGAAGCCGAACCUCCGCAUCACGACGGACUCGAAGGCGCGCUGCUACGCGAAGAACGCGCUCCAGUUCGACCGCUUCAAGGGCUUCCCCUGGUGGAGCCACAACGCGUGGCCCUCCCACGACGGCGACGACGGCCACUGCGCGGGGCUCGCGCGGACCGCGACCAAGGCCAUGGCGGCGUCCUCGGGCCUCGUCCUCGCCGACGCGCCGUCGAUCGGUGCCCCGACGCUGUCGCCCCUCGUCUUCGGCACGCUCCGGCUCCACGAGACCGAGGACCCCUUCGCGCUCCUCACCGAGGCGUGGCACCUCGGCAUCACGUCCUUCGACUGCGCCGCCGUCUACGGCGGCGGCCGCUGCGAGGAGAUUUUGGGCGCCUGGCUCCGCGACGCGGCCCCCGCGGCCGCGAGGGCCGGCGCCGUCGUCGUCACCAAGGGCGGCUGCGGCGCGCCGGACACGUCCUGGGCGCCGCGGCUCGCGUGGCGCGACGCGCGGCUCCGGUCGGCCUACCUCACGGACGACAACUUCGACCGCCGCGACCGCGCCGCGGCCUUCGGCGCGGCCCGGGGGCUCGGGCCGGAGCACGUCGCCGUCGCCUGGUGCGCCAAGCAAGCGUACCCGGCCCACGUCUGCGUCGCGACGACGACCGCGGCCCACCUCCGCUCCAACGUCAAGGCCCUCGCGCUCGACCUCGACGAGGCCGACCUCGCCUGGCUCGCUCACGGGCCCUGACGCCGUGCGUCAUUGUACAGUCUAACUUGCGUGCGUAUACC